AAGUAUAUUUUUAUUUAAAGGAAAAUAAUACUUUAAAAAAAUGAAUAAAUCUAAUAUAUUUAAAGGUGUUAAAUACUUUUUCACAGCAGACAAAGAGGAACUCAAACAAUGUUUAAAAGAUGGUGGAGCAAUGAGAGAGUUUUAUAUCAGUGAUUUAGUAACUCAUGUAAUCUCUGAUAGCUGCGAUUUCCCUCAGUUGCAUCAAGUAGUUGAAAGCAAGAUACCUAUUGUUACUACUAAUUGGGUGCAUAUGUCAGUUAAAUGUGGAACAAUGUUACCCACUAAACCUUUUUCACCAAUGGGUGAUGGUUUAUUUCAAAAUAUGGUUUUUUGCCCUUCACAGAUUCCUGUAAAAGACAGAGAAAUUUUACUUGCCAUGAUUGUCUAUCAUGGUGGUGUGUACAAGAUAAACUUGACCAAAGAUUGUACUCAUCUUGUUGUUGGACAGCCUUAUGGUAGAAAAUAUGAUUUUGCAUUAAAACAUGCCCAACUUAAGAUAGUCACUGUUGAAUGGAUAGUUGACUGUUCAAAGGAGGAACGUCUUUUGCCUGAGGAAGAGUAUGCUCCAAUUCCAUCAUUACAAUAUUCAAGGUCAUCAGUAGUUUUAGAUGGAAACAGAGAAUGUUUAGAAAAAGUAGAUGAUAAUUCAGAAAAAGCAGUACCAGAAAAGUUACUUGAAGGUUGUGUCAUUUUCUUUAGUGGUUAUGAAGAUAGAUUGCAGCCUCUAGUUUAUCAAGUGUGGAAAGAUGUGAUAAGGAAAGCAUGUGGUGAAAUAGAAGAAACAUAUUCUGAUAAAGUUACACAUUUCAUUUGUCUACAUCAACAAGUUCCAUUUUUCAAGAAGGCACUAGCAGAUAAAAAGAAGAUCGCUACAGCAUAUUGGUUGAAUGAUAUUUUGGUAGCAAAAACGUUUUUUCCUCCUAAUACUCCAUUGCAUCUUCCUUCUCCUUUCACUGAAGUUAUUGCUGAUAUUCAAAAUAGCCUCAUCACUGUAAGUGGAUAUAAUGGUCAUGAGCGUUUACUUGUCAAGCAUAUGAUUAACUUCUUGGGUGCGCACUAUACUGGUCACAUGACUCGUUCUCACACACAUCUUAUAUGUAAAACACCUGCUGGUGAAAAAUUUAAAAAAGCUGUAGAAUGGCAAAUUCCUGUUAUUAGCGCUAGUUGGCUAGGAGACAUGCUACAAACUGGUCAAUCAUUUCCAACUAAUGCUAAAUCUAAAUACACUGCUCUUGGUCUUAGCGAUGAGCUUUUAAUAAAUCAAACAUUUUCUUCACACAUCACUGACGCAUGGAGUAAAGACUAUCAAGAGGAAAAAACGCAGAAUUUAAAUCAGCCUGAAGAAAAAAUAAGAAAGUUGGAAACAUCAUCUGGAGUCAAGCGGGUUUUAUUUACAGGUUUAACUGGAAAUAUAGUUUAUCGACUUCGCCAGAAUGUACAAAAAAUGAAUGGUGAACUGGCUCAUGGUGUCAAUGACUGUACACACCUUGUUGCGCCAAAGAUCACACGGACAGUAAAAUUUCUUUCAGCAGUCUCUAUUUGCAAAUUUCUUGUUGCACCUGCAUGGGUAGAUGAUUCUUUUGAAGCACAAAAAUUUUUAGAUGAAGCUCCUUAUACACUAGUUGAUCCAGAGUCCGAAGAGCUUUUUGGGUUCAAAUUAAAACGAUCUUUGCAACGGGCUCAAACAAGACAAGUUUGUAAAGGUCUACAUUUUCAUGUUACACCUUCUAUUUUGCCAGCUCCAAAUGCAAUGAGAGAAAUUAUUGAAUGUGCUGGAGGAAAGAUGUCAGAAAUUAACACUUUAAAAGAUAUUCACACCAUUUUUGUUGCAAAUUGUCUUCAGGAUCGUACACAUAAUAGUUACUUAGUGUCAUGUAUGGACGAUAAGGAAUUUUGGAGUGAGCUAUCAAAUAAUGGUUACGAUGUUUACAAUGUGGAACUUAUACUUUCGGGUGUUAUGAAGCAAGAAUUAGAAUGGAAUCUCCAUCACUUGUAGACCUCGAGAAUCGUUUGCAUAUUAGUGCGGUUUUACGUGACUAAUCAUUUAAAAGUGAUGAGUUUUUCAAAGUAUGCAAAAUGACAUCAAUCAAAAAAUAAUACCAGGAAGUUAUCGUAAUGAAAAAGAAAAGAAUAUUAUUAUUUAAAUAUAAAUAUCAGAAUAUACA